AUGUGGUUCAAACUCGCUCUUCUUGUGGCCAUCCUGCUGAAUAUUCAUCCAUAUGAGUCGGCAUCUUCGGCUGCUCGGCCUCGUCUUGGAGAAUUUGAAAAGAUCGACGUGAACGAUAAGGAAGUUCAGGUUAGUUGUCAACUCUCGGCGCAUUUUAAUUAAGCGAAUGAUGUAUGAAAGACGUUGAUCUUCGAUAAAGCUUAAUUAGAACGUCAAUACUUUCAGAGACUGGCCCGCAAAGCCGUCCAUAUCUACAACAAACAAGCCCAUAGACAUCUUAUAUUCACCAAAGUGACUUCUGCGGAACGUCAGUCUGUAAAUGGCUAUAACUACAACAUAUCUUUGCAAGCCACAAGGGGAUCUUUCUUCCCGCUUAUCGUCUCUCUGAAUGACUUCGCGUAUGUGGGGCGCAAUAAAGAAACGCAUAAUGUCACCCUGGUUGGCAUAAUAUCUUAA